CCAAACAACAAAACCACAAGAUCUCCCUUCAAUAUUUUAAUUUCUACUAGCAAAGGGUGUUUGUUUACUGAAGGAAAAUAUCGCAAUGAGUUCAACAAGCAGAGCUUGGGCUGUGGCGGCAACUAUUGGGGCAGUGGAGGCACUGAAGGACCAUGGAAUUUGCAGAUGGAAUUAUUCAUUAAGGUCGCUUCACCAGCAUGCCAAGAACCAUUUGAGGUCAACUUCACAGACCAGGAUGCUGUCUUCUCAGUCCUCUGCGGUUGUUUGGAAUCAAUUGAGAGAAGAGAAGGCAAAGCAAUCUGAAGAGUCUCUGAGGACGGUCAUGUACUUGAGCUGUUGGGGUCCCAGUAACUGAGGAAAAUAGGAGAAAACACUACCUUAGUGGGCUUGUAUUUGUAUAUAGAUAGGGAAAAGAAGGUAUGAAUUGUUAUGUAUAAGAGCAAUUGCUCUAACAC